CCCCUGAUCAAUCGAUCAUCAAUUACCCCAUUAUUCAAACAAUUCAAUAACAAAAAUGUAUCAUUAAGUCAAAAUUUGGGUGAAAUGAUGUGGCCUCCGCCACCCCCCAAAGUAAUCACUUCUCCACCAAAACCAAAAGAACAGUCCAAGCCAGUUGAAUCUGUCGCAGUAGCCCCCAUUGAUCCUCGUAUAGCAAAACUCAAGUCCGCGUUGGCUACAAGCGUCGGCAUGUCCGGUUUAGUCGGUCUUGGAUUGGUUUCUCCCUCACCUGCCUUCACCCAGAUGCUAACAACUUUCGGUCUUGCUGGCAUCGUCGGUUACCACACGGUCUGGGGCGUCACUCCUGCCCUACAUUCUCCCCUCAUGUCUGUGACAAAUGCAAUCUCCGGAAUCACCGCUGUCGGUGGUUUGAUGCUCAUGGGUGGAGGAAUUCUACCAUCUACUGGUCCACAAAGCAUGGCUGCUCUAGCAACUCUUGUCUCUGCCGUUAAUAUUGGUGGUGGUUUUCUGGUUACCCAGAGGAUGCUCAAUAUGUUCAAGAGACCUAUACCAGUGGACCUUAUUUUGAACCAGGAUCGUACGGUCAUGCAGAGUGUUAAAGGGUUAAUUUUACAUCCAUGUAUAAAAAGGGAAUUACUAAUUUAUGCAAUAACACUAUGGGACAACUUUAACUCCAAUUCUCCUAUAGGAGCUGAUAUGCCUGUGGUUAUCACGGUUCUGAACAGUUACUCCGGUUGGGCUCUGUGUGCAGAAGGUUUUAUGUUGAACAAUAGCCUCAUGACUAUCGUUGGUGCAUUGAUCGGAUCUUCUGGCGCAAUCCUCUCCCACAUCAUGUGUCGCGCAAUGAAUCGUUCUCUCCCCAGCGUCAUUCUUGGCGGUUACGGAACAUCAACUCAUAGUGGCAAGGCCAAGGAAAUCACAGGAACGUACCGGGAGACUUCCUUGGAAGCUGUUGGAACUUUGCUCGAAGAAGCGAAAGAUAUCAUUAUUGCUCCAGGAUACGGCCUUUGUGUUGCGAAAGCUCAAUACCCAAUCUCGGAGUUGGUGAAACUUCUCACAAAGAGGGGCAAACGCGUUAGAUUUGCUAUCCAUCCCGUUGCUGGCCGUAUGCCUGGUCAAUUGAACGUGCUAUUGGCUGAAGCUGGUGUUCCCUAUGAUGUCGUUUACGAGAUGGAUGAGAUCAAUGCCGACUUUCCCAAAGCUGACGUUGUUCUUGUCAUUGGAGCUAAUGACACUGUCAACUCUGCGGCUGAGGAAGACCCAAAUUCAAUUCUAGCUGGAAUGCCCGUCCUACGUGUCUGGCUAGCCAAGAAGGUCAUUAUGGUGAAGAGGACUCUUGGAGUUGGGUAUGCAGCUGUGGAUAAUCCUGUUUUCUUCAAAGAAAAUACUGACAUGUUACUGGGAGAUGCGAAGAAAGUUUGUGACGGUCUUUUGGCCCAUUUCAAGGAGGAUUAA